AUGAGUAAGAAGCGAGGCAAGACCACGGACGGCGGUCUCAAAGCGAACAAGAAAGGCAUGCCGUCAUCGUCCCAGAUCCAAAUCACCUACUACUCGGCUAAGCCAUCGUCGAAAUCGGCAACCCCUUCCACGGCAACGACUUCUUCCAAGGCUGCUACAGCGUCGUUUCAACUUGGUCAAGUCGUGGACAUCCAGCAAGAAUCCCGUGGUAAGUGGAAGCGCGGCAAGGUCGUGCACAUCCGAACUGCCGUCGCCACCACAUCGUCUCGAAAGAAGCAGCAAAUCGUGCUGUACGAUGUGAGCUACGAAGGCGGCCAAAUGGAGUGCGAAAUCGACGCCGACCGCCUCCGCCCUCUCAAACAAGUCGAAAGUAGUCCGUUUGCGUUGCGUCCCCCUGCAACGGCAGAUAUCUUGGAGUUUACCAAGAUGGCCGAAGCCAAGAAAGUGUCUAAGCAACGACACACUGCCAUCGACUCUACACAUGACGACGCGAGAUUGACCACGGCAGAUCCAUCCACGUUGCUUACCAAGCGCCAGACCUUUGGCGACGACGACCAGUCGACCACUGAACACUUGUUCAAGUCCGAAGACCAAGUGAUGGAGCACCAAGCCGAGAUCCAGCGUAUUCUGGACGAUCUCUUUUCCAUCCAUGCUGACGUUCACUGUGUGAAGAAAGCACUGAGCGCGCUGCUCAAACUCCUGCGUCUCGCGCCACAAAUCACGGCCGACUUUUUCCACUUCAAAGCCGGCGAGACCAUUCUGUUGCAUAUCAUCCGGUCCCAUCAGUUGUAUUCUGUCCUCCAAUGCUACGGCUUUGUCCUGCUUCGCAAGAUGUGCCACCUGUCCGUCGACAGCUGCGCUGUGUUUGUCCAAAACGGCGCCAUUCCCGCCAUCGCCGUCGCCCUUCGCGCGUUUCCGUCCGAUCCGAUCGUUCAGGCGUCGGGAAGUGGCGCGCUCUCGGCUCUCGGACAACUCAGUCGUCACGCCGUCCAAGUGAUGCUGGAGCAAAAUGUGGUGCCUUUGCUCACGGCGUCGCUCGUCAACCACCACGACAUCAACAACCACACCCGACAAGUCCAAUUCUACGCCAGCGAAGUGCUCUUGGAAGUGUGCGACCACAGCGGCGCCCCCGUCGCCGCCGCCAUCGUCGACCCCGUCGACGACUACUUGACCAUUCGAACGCUAGUGCACGUUUUGCGAAAGAGCUUGAAAUUGGACGAUAAAAAAGUUUCGUGCUCGAUUUGCACGUUGCUGCUUUGUUUGUUGUCCUUGAACAAGUCCAUCGCUCAAGUACUCCGUCAAGUCGAUGCCAUCGCGGACCUGUCGAUUGUCAUGGCAAAAUACCCAUCCCACGAAGGCAUCCUCAAGUACUCGCUCGCGGCGACGCGGGAACUGGCAGUCGCGUCCAUGCGCCAAUCCCCGUCGACCAAAGUACGCCAAACGGCACGCAUCAUCCUCGAGGAAGAACCGUUGAAACGAUCAAAACCCGCGAGCCCCGCGUCGGCACGGAAGAAAUCCAAGACCUCCAAAGCGUCCUCCUUGACGACUAACCUCCCCCUUCCUUCUCCAUCACGUGGGGCGACGAAGAAGGAACCGACCACCCGAGAAAAGCUGUUGCUCCAAACGUACGGCUUUGACCCGUCCAGCAAUGCCGCCUCGAAUGUCGUCGCCACGGCGCGGGCUUCGAAAUCGCGCCAGGGAUCGAGCCCCUCACGAAAGAAACCUUCAAUCACCAAGCAACCCGACGCGUUCUUAAAUUCCACCACAGCCUCGACAGAACUGCGGCAGCCCAUGGCGGAGCUGCUUCGCCCGCACUCGUCGUCCAAGUUGUUGCCGCUGGCUAUUACUGACCCCCCCGCCGUUCGUCCAGCUACCAUGGCCACCACGCAACCAAUCAAGAGGGAUCGACUGGACGUAUUGGUCGUGCCAGCCAGUCCCCUCGCAGAGCUUAAGUCGUUUGCCACGGAAUUGUUUGAAGCCGUCAAUGAUGACCCCCUCACGCCACUGAGUCGCAUCAGUUUUGCCGACAAAUUGCACCGCAUGAUUGAAAAAGCCGAAACGUCCUUGGAUCCAGUGUACGUGGCGGCACCAGCACGGACGUCGCCCGCCAUGCCCCCGCCUGCCCAUGUCAAGCCAUCGCAACCACACCACCCGGUGGACACAACCACCCCAGUCAACUUGCAAAACGGCAUAUUCACCCCCCUGAGCCAAAAGCACCCACUGACCGUGGGCGCAAAAGUGAAAUGCCGAUUCAACGGCGGGGCGAGGUAUUAUGCCGGAGUGAUCACGCGUUGCAGCAGGGACAACCAAUCGUUUGAUGUGGAUUACGUCGACGGCGAACAAGAAUGCGAAGUCCCAGUGGAUUGGAUACGGCUCCUGGAGACACCCACUCCGACGACCGUGUCGCCGUUGCCGGCCAAGUUUACCAAAGGUGACGUGGUCGAAGCACGGUACAAAGGCAAGUCCAAGUUCUACCCUGGGGUGAUUACCAGGGUGACAGACAACAGUCAGUCGUAUGAUGUUCUUUACGACGACGGGGAAACCGAAAGCAACGUCAGCCACAACCUGAUUAUUCUUGUCUGCCGAAACGAACGCCAAGACAAGGCCAACUCCCCAGCGGGGUGGAAGGUGGGUCAAAAGGUCGAAGCGCGCUACAAGCGGCGGCAAAAGUACUACAAAGGCAAGGUCGCCCGUGCCCGGUCCAACGGCACGUACGACGUCGAGUACGACGACGGCGAGCGAGAAACUGGAGUAGACAAAGACAUGAUUCGAGCGCUGGGGGAUAUGGACGAACGACCGCAGUUCGAAGAAGGCGAUUUGGUCCAAGCGCAAUAUGAAGGCAAUACCCGGUUUUACAACGGCACGAUCCUGCGAUGCCGACUGGAUGGGUCGUAUGACAUCAAGUACGACGACGGCGACAUUGAAACUUUUGUCGCGGCCGAGCUCAUCCGCAAGCGGACUCCCCCACCCAUUGUUCCAUACACAGUCGACGCCCGCAUCGAAGUGGUCAAAGGAGCGAGAAGCAUGCCUGGAACAAUCACCAAGGUCAGCAACACCACGGGACUGGUCACAGUCUUGUACGACAACGGGGACAAGGAAAAAGUCCCACCCGACAGCCUCCGACCCUGCGCGAAAGAUGAAUCCUUCGAGAGGCACCAACGCAUCGAAGCGCGCCCCCCCACAUCCCACGUGUACGCGCAGGGGCUGAUUACCAACUGUCGGUUCAAUGGCACGUACGACAUUGAGUUUGAAUCAGGCGAGGUCGCCACUGGGGUGGCCCCGUUGCUGAUUCGGUCCGUGCCGUGGCCCCCCCACGAAGCCGAGUAUUACCCAUUGUGGCACACUGGGGACAUUGUCGAAGCCAAAGUGCGCGGCCAGUCCAAGUACCUGCCAGGCGUAGUGGCGCGGGUGCACAUUCAAGGCCAAACGACAGCGUUGUACGAUGUGCAUUUUGAAAGCGACGCGAUCGAGCUCCGCGUCCCGGAAGAUGCGAUCCACUUGCUACAUCGUGCCGAGACGCCAGUGUUUGCCUCGGGAGACGACGUGACCAAGAACGGCAAAUUCGCUAAAGUGUGUCGAUGUCACAUGGACGGUAGCUACGACUUGAAGUAUUCGAACGGAUUGAAGGAGAUCCGGGUCGCAAAAGCCGGUCUUGUACUUGCGCCAGCGGAUGCAGAAACGAGUGGCGCCACAACCGACCUCCACGGCGACCUUGUUUCGUCGUGGUUUCAAGAACCACGGAAACCAAGCCAAACCGUGGCGGCCGUGCCCGGAGGCACAGGGGACCCAACACCCGACGAAGCUGUUCCACCAGAACGGAGUGGCCCACAUGCGAUCGAAAUUGAACAGUCCACAACGGAGAAUCUCGAUCGACAACAAGCCAAGCAAGCGACAGCGGCCGCCCGGGAAAGUGCCAAGUACGACGAAGUCGAAGUGGCAGACUCGGUGGAUGAGACGGCGAUUUUGUUGACGGGGCAAGUAGAAUCGACACUUGACCAAGCUACAUCGGAGCCCCGGAAUCGUGACACACUGGAGAACUCGACGAAAGAAGUAGGUGCCGCAAGUGAUGCCAUUGCAUAUGAAUCAAGCGACGAGGUGCGGCAAGAUCAAAGGAUGCCCGACGCAAAAGAGACAAAACAGGACGAACAAUUCGAAGUUUCGGGCAUUGACUCUACCAAGACAACUGAAGGCGAUAUAACUGUCGCUAGGCAUAUACUCAAUGACAACUUCAAUGGAUCCCGCGAUGCCAUUGCAACAAGCGAGGCCAAGGACGAAGUCAAAGCCACAGAUUCAGACAGUGUUGCAGGUCGCUUCGAAAACGACGAUGGAGCAAGGCAUAUCGAAAGGGAUGCUGAAACAUCAGCUACUAAUGCCGAGGUGGAAUCGAAAGCUCGUUGUGCUGACGAAAUGAAGGCCCAGACAAGUUCUGGCAUAAGCGACGACGCUACCUCGUCGAGUGAAACGUUGCCGGCCAUAGAUCUCAACCCGCCCGAGGAUGAGGCGCUCCAUCGACUAAACCUCAAAAACGUCAACGACCAAAGAGCCACGCCCAAUCAACUUGCCACACGUGUAGAGGAAGACCCGUUUGCACGGGCGCUGGCCAUUCUUUCCGUGGCAGGAGGGGCAGUCGACGGCUUUAUAAAAGCGGCCGUACAAGGUGCAUUGGCGAUUGCAGCUUCACUCCAACCUCAGCUACCCGAGGAGGGCCCAAGCGUUCAAGAUGCAAACAUCGAAAUUGCACUUGCAGAGAGCCAGCCUUGGGAUUGCCCUGGUACAAACAUGGUGGUGAUUCCAGCCUUUGAAUUCGCCGAAGUUGUGUCGGCGUUCCCCGAGGUAUCAUCAAUCCAUGCAAACAUUGUCCACCAUAAUAGUGACACUCCUGGUGACGAGUUAAUAUACCGAAAUGCCAAUCCACAGCUGCAACUUGUCAAGUCAUUGUCGGCGUCGACAGCUAGUCUCGUAGUGCACCAGUCCAUAAUCGAAGGGGUUCAGCGAGUGGUGUCACGGCAGGACUUUGUCCCUCUUGGAGGGAUGGCACCGGCCAGCGAGGAUGUCUUUGAAAUUGUGCAGCCCAAGGAGUCAGCAAACGAUACAACGGAGAACGACUACCCAAAUCCGUUGAGCGACAUCGUCCCUGUCGUACCCCUGUUGAAAAUGCCUUCCGCGUACCCCCUUUCAAGAUUACUGAUCACGCCCGCGCACACGAACGUGGCCGUGCUGGUUGUGAACGAUGUGAUUCAAAGGGCGUUGGAAGCUGCCGCAUCCUCGAAUUCCACGGAACGUCAGUGCUGUCCUUUCCCCCCAAGCCCUGCCUCGUCGUUUCGUGCGACUGCACCGCGUGAACGACGAUCUGACGUACCAUACUUUGUGCCCCCACUGUCGCAUAAAAUGAUUGCUCCGCCGUUGCGAGCAUCCACGAUUCGGCCGUUGACGCCAACGACGAUCGUAUCCCAAUUGACAAGGCAGUUUGUUGAUCAAGCGAUGACGAAUGCCCUCGUAGCCUAUGCAUCCUUCCCCAACUUAGCCAUUGUUGGACCACCUGUGACAAGGCAGUUUGUUGAUCAAGCGAUGACAAAUGCCCUCGUAGCCUAUGCAUCCUUCCCCAACUUAGCCAUUGUUGGACCACCUGGAACCUCUAACACAUCAGCACCAACUGGUCAACCCGAAAUCGUACUCGAGUCAGUCGUCGCACGGGAGGAAUCGUCGAUGCAGGCUUAUGCAGAACUCGAGUUGGUGGAAAUCAUGCCAGCGAGCUCACAUCAACCAGAAUCAAACCGAUCAACUUCUCAGCUUACGGACACUAUCGACACCAGCCCUCUCCACGCCGAACGGCCUGGUACAUCACCAGAAUCGAUAACAACACCAGAUAUGGCUGGCGUAUUGCAGACUCCGCAGUGCGCUUCAUUACCUGGAUCGCAAGUCGAUGACACCAUCGGCUCCGACAACGAAGACAAUGAAAUCUCAUUCAAAGUGGCCAUGACAGCGAAGUCAUUUGUCUUGUUGUGUUUGUACAAUGGACUUGUUCAAGCAUCCAACCAACUUCAAGAAUCCACAGACGGAACGGUGCACAUGCAGGACGAAUUACAUUCCACUCAUGAUGACGAUAUCGAAGUGACGGAUGGCUGUGCCAUUGAAUCGUCGAAUCGAUCGACAAUGAAAUGUCCAGCAGUUGGCACCAAGUCAAUUACGUUGUUGGCCGAGCAAGUUGCCGCGAAAAGCAUGACGGAGGGGAUUCUACUACAAGCGACAAAACGUAGCGCGAUUGAACCAGAAUCCAGCCCCUCGACCAAGGACGAGUUAUUAGAGACAUCCUUAAACAACGAAGACCUCAAGAACAUUACUAUUUACGCCACCCAAAUCAACGACGACAUCAUCCCAACGACGGCGACAAAGGUGGUCAACGAAAUCGAAUUCGAUCUCCCACAUCCAGGACUAUGGGUGAAGAGCCAACACGCCGUCUGCAACGAUCAACCUACACUUGUCAAUCAAGACCUCCACUUGGCGGCUCCUGCGGAUUCAAGUACUCGAAACGAAGAAUCGAACCAGUGCACGCAUGAAGCCACUGCGGCCGUGCAGUUUAUUGUAUCGUCAGUCGUGGACAAACUUGUCAAGAAGAGCGAGAGCCAGGAUGAGCCAUUAUCGGUUGACAUCGAACCCUUGUCACGACAAAUACACAGCGUGGCAAAUGACACUGGCCUCGACGGCACCAAGAACAAAUCAAUUAGACAAGACCCAGACACCUCAUUUUCCAGGGAAAAUAUUUCCUGCAGCACUAUCGACCAAGAAGAUGAUAUCCCUUCGGAUCGGCACAUUGCUGCCGAGUACACCAACGACUUCAUACCAUCCGAUGCACACUGCGAAAUCGACAAAGACAUGUCAGCCGAGCCAGCGGAAACACCCACCGACAAGGCCACCGAGGACGAGCCUGCACAACCCUCGCCUGUACACGACGAAGGAGCUUCGUAUGGCCAGGAUGAAGAGUUCGAUCAACCGGAAGAGACGCAGGCAACCCCCGACGCUGCGUUGCCAACGGCAGACACUCCAGUGGAAGAACAGGAAUUCGAGGCGACGCCAUCUGUGGAAGUCCAUCCGCAGGAAUUGGCGGCACCGUCUGAAUCCGUGGAAAGCCAUGCAACGGUGGCCACUGACGUCGUGGCUGCGCCGGUCGACAGCGCGGUCAAGGAGGACGUCGUGGCAGACGACAUUCAAGCGUAUGCGAACGAUGCCGACGAAUUCGCUGACAAGGCCACGCCAGCGGAAACACCCACCGACAAGGCCACCGAGGACGAGCCUGCACAACCCUCGCCUGUACACGACGAAGGAGCUUCGUAUGGCCAGGAUGAAGAGUUCGAUCAACCGGAAGAGACGCAGGCAACCCCCGACGCUGCGUUGCCAACCGCAGACACUCCAGUGGAAGAACAGGAAUUCGAGGCGACGCCAUCUGUGGAAGUCCAUCCGCAGGAAUUGGCGGCACCGUCUGAAUCCGUGGAAAGCCAUGCAACGGUGGCCACUGACGUCGUGGCUGCGCCGGUCGACAGCGCGGUCAAGGAGGACGUCGUGGCAGACGACAUUCAAGCGUAUGCGAACGAUGCCGACGAAUUCGCUGACAAGGCCACGCCAGCGGAAACACCCACCGACAAGGCCACCGAGGACGAGCCUGCACAACCCUCGCCUGUACACGACGAAGGAGCUUCGUAUGGCCAGGAUGAAGAGUUCGAUCAACCGGAAGAGACGCAGGCAACCCCCGACGCUGCGUUGCCAACGGCAGACACUCCAGUGGAAGAACAGGAAUUCGAGGCGACGCCAUCUGUGGAAGUCCAUCCGCAGGAAUUGGCGGCACCGUCUGAAUCCGUGGAAAGCCAUGCAACGGUGGCCACUGACGUCGUGGCUGCGCCGGUCGACAGCGCGGUCAAGGAGGACGUCGUGGCAGACGACAUUCAAGCGUAUGCGAACGAUGCCGACGAAUUCGCUGACAAGGCCACGCCAGCGGAAACACCCACCGACAAGGCCACCGAGGACGAGCCUGCACAACCCUCGCCUGUACACGACGAAGGAGCUUCGUAUGGCCAGGAUGAAGAGUUCGAUCAACCGGAAGAGACGCAGGCAACCCCCGACGCUGCGUUGCCAACGGCAGACACUCCAGUGGAAGAACAGGAAUUCGAGGCGACGCCAUCUGUGGAAGUCCAUCCGCAGGAAUUGGCGGCACCGUCUGAAUCCGUGGAAAGCCAUGCAACGGUGGCCACUGACGUCGUGGCUGCGCCGGUCGACAGCGCGGUCAAGGAGGACGUCGUGGCAGACGACAUUCAAGCGUAUGCGAACGAUGCCGACGAAUUCGCUGACAAGGCCACGCCAGCGGAAACACCCACCGACAAGGCCACCGAGGACGAGCCUGCACAACCCUCGCCUGUACACGACGAAGGAGCUUCGUAUGGCCAGGAUGAAGAGUUCGAUCAACCGGAAGAGACGCAGGCAACCCCCGACGCUGCGUUGCCAACCGCAGACACUCCAGUGGAAGAACAGGAAUUCGAGGCGACGCCAUCUGUGGAACCAUGCAACGGUGGCCACUGA